GUGAACAACAAAGAACAGAUAUGAAGGUCGCUGUCGUUGGAUCGGGCGUCGCAGGCCUAGGCGCGACAUGGGCGCUCAACGAGCAUUCUGAGCACGAGGUCCACCUCUUCGAAUCGUCGGCACACCACAUUGGCGGGCACAGCAACACUGUCUCAUUCCGGGCACCCUCCGGAGCGAAGAGCGGAGCAGGUGAAACGCCGGUCGACACUGGUUUCAUUGUCUUCAACGAGGUCACAUACCCAAAUUUUCUCCGCUUCUUGACCCAUAUUGAGGCCCCUAUCUUGGUCUCGGAUAUGUCUUUCGCAGUCUCGAGGACAAAGGCCCUUGUGGAACCCAGCUUUCAACUCCCAUUUUCUCGAUCGUACUUCCCAUCGCUCCCCCGGCACAUCAGGAGCAACAACGCGAAUACACGCAAGGAGCGAGGGGCAUUUGAGUGGGCUGGGAGCACGCCGUUGGCGCUCUUUUGUCAAUGGAGCAAUCUCUUCGACCCGAGCCACUGGCGAAUGAUCUGGGAUAUCAUUCGUUUUAACCACCAGUCGAUCGAAUCGUUGAGGGAAUGGGAGGCUAGUGAGGUGACUGAUGCCCAGGCAGAGGCUGAAGAGGAGACCAUCGGGCAAUGGCUCGAUCAGAGGCGCUACGGGCCAAAUUUUCGCAGGAAUUACCUCAUCCCGAUGACGGCGUCGAUCUGGUCAACGCCUCCCAAGACUGCGUUCGGUGCAUUCCCAGCACGGACAUUGCUAAGAUUUCUGCACAAUCAUCAUCUACUCCAGAUACUCAAUCAUCCGCAAUGGCUCACUAUUCAAGGGGGAUCGAAGACCUACGUUGAACGCGUGCUGCAAAAACUUCCCCGUGCACAGCUGCAUCAAGGACAGGAAAGCGGACACGUUGUCAAAGCCUUCCCUGGAAAUAAGGGCAAAUGGAUCAUUGAAAGACAAGGUGGCAAGACGGAGGAAUUCGAUCGAGUCGUCUUUGCCUGUCAUGCCGACGUCACAACCGAGAUUCUCGCCGCCGACGAGGCCAUGAUGGAGAAGGAUGAUAUCGGGGUGCAGCUCAAGAGGUGCCUGAAAGAAUUCAAAUUUAGCAAGAAUACAGCCGUAUUGCACAGCGACGAGACCUUGAUGCCCGUCCGCCGGGUUGCUUGGUCAGCAUGGAAUUUCAUGGCCGAAUCGUCGGAGCAAGACUUCCAGGACGACGUGGAUAGCGUGACACUGACCUAUUGGAUGAAUCUCCUCCAAUCUUUGUCCGAAGACGUCUUCGGCCCCGUUCUCGUAACCUUGAAUCCGCCCAAGGGUACUCCUGAUCCGGCCAAGGUUGUGGCCAGCUUCGAUUACGAACAUCCACUCUACACCUCCAAAAGUGUGAGAGCCCAGGCUGCGCUAGAGUCGCUUCAGGGAAAGUGGCGCGGAGCUCGUUUUGCGGGCGCUUGGACCAAUUAUGGAUUCCACGAGGAUGGCUUCUCUAGCGGUGUCCGAGCCGCUGUAGCCCUUGGCGCCAAGGUUCCCUUUGAAGUGAGACCAGCCGAAAGAAGUCUUCCUCAUUCCUCUCGAAUACGGGCGGCAACAUUCCUCCUGGCUGAGAGGAUCCGAGAGGCAAUUGCAGGUCCAGCCUGUCUCAUCUUGGCACCCUUUAUAGUCAUUUGCACGCUGGUUCUGGAAGCCAUCAUGAACGCCUUCACCCUCCUCUUGGUAGGCCCUGCCAGCCCUUCGGCCACUCGCAACGAGCUAAGGAAUGUUCGCAAAGCUUGGGAGAAGUCUUUACUGUUGUAGAUAGACUGCGCUCAAAUCUGCGAUCAAAUCAAAAUGACUGAUAGUUUCCAC